GGAAGAUUUAACUAUCGCAUUGGUACUGUUAUGAUGAGGGACCGUCAGCGUGCGAUGUAGUAUGAUUUAACGAUGUGAACUACCUUUCAAAACCUGCGGUCAUGGAGAUAAAAUGGAAUGAUGCUCCUGUCACUAGUCCGCUUGUGUUUUCGAGAGAUGUGUUUGACAAGUUCAGUCUUGCGCCCACUGUCAAAGAACUGUUUGCUCUUUUACACAGCUCUGAUAAAAAAUCAGAGGAGAGCGGUGAGAAAAAGCCAGAAGAACCCUCAGCAGAAGCAACGACUUUCAAGUGUGAUGAAGGUUCAGAUGUCACUAACCUCCCUGCAUUAGAUGAGCCUGCGUCUGAGUGCAAACCAACCAAAGGCAAACCUGGAAAGGCAACUGCGUUCCCUGAGCCCCUAGUGCCCUACCCUUGCUUUUCCACCCUCAACUUCAGGAAUCGCAAGACAUAUCUCAACAUGCUCAUCCACAAGAAUUUUUCCAGAGCUUCAAAGUGUUUGAUGGAGCAGGUGAAGAACGAGGUGACAGAGUUUAUGAAAUACCUGCAGGAUGUUUCUAGAACAUGUGCUGAUGGGUACAACUAUAUGCCACCAGGUGGCACCCGCUACACUGAGGAAUAUUUCACAGCCUGUUUGGAAAAUGUAAAGAGUUACCCACAGGUUUACAGCAUUCAAGAGAUUACUAGCCUGACCAGUGUAAAGUUUGUGGGUGACAUAUCGCUCAACUUUGAGAAACAGCUUAUUGCUAUGGGUAAAAUAGACAUGCUGGACAAUAAAGUGAUACCAGAAAGUACCCAACUUGCUGUAGACUAUGAGACCGUGUCAAAUGUGGUUCCUCCGACUAAAAAAGCAACAUUAGUACACACUGCCAUCAGCAGUGACAGUAACGCAGAAAAACUCAGUGCUACUUAUGAGCCACAAGUGUGUUUAUCCAAAGAGGCCUUUCUCCAGCUCCUCAAUAACAGCUCUGAGUUCACAGAAGCGUGGGAGAUCCCUGUUUGGGUCAAAAUGAAUCCCAUGAAAGGCAGUAGUCAGAGUAAAACAGCAUAUAUCGAUCCUCCUCUGCUGAAGACAGAGAUGAGCUGGAGAGAGAGAAGUCUGCUGUUUCAAGAAGAGAGCAUGAAGCUGGCAUUUAAGAAGACUGUAUCACGUCCUGUGUUUUUCCUCACUUCAGAAGAGCUUGUUGAAAAGGAGCCUCCUCCUGAGGACAAGAUCUCCAGGAGUGUGGUUACAUUUGAUGACGGUGGUAUGGAUUUUGGGACUGACCUAACAGACCUGGAGUCAUUUGGAGAGUCCUACAAGCCAAAUAAAAAAGUGAAGGAAAAGACUGAACCAAAAACAGCUUCUACAAAUCCAGGUGCAACUCCAUCCCAACAUACCCCAAGCCCCAAGAAACCGACAGCCUCUUUAGCUACAACAAAACGCACCUCAACAUCUCAAGAAGCUCCUACAGAACCCCUUGAGGUGACCGUGGCUAAGGUCCAAGAAGAAACAGACAUUUUGGAAAACAGUACAAUUAAUGAAAGUGCCAAUUCAGAAACGGAAAGUGCGAGUGAAGAUUCAAAAGAGAAGACAAAAAUAUCUGCUGCCCAGUGUCCUCCCUCAAAGCGGCCUAGACAUAUGAUGGAAGACAAGACGGACCAGGAUAUGGAUUCUGAUGAAGAACGACUAGUCAUAGACGACAUUUUCUCCCCACAAAGAUCUAAGACCCAGGUGACACCAGCAGAGGUGUCCUCCCCUCAAGCACCCGACCUAGCCACAGCAGGACCUGCAAACCCUCCAAGCAAAGCAACAAAGAAGGGAGUCAAAAGACCCCGAAUAUCCGGGGAGUGUGAUCAGCUCGGACAGAUUUUGCGGAUGCAGGAUGCCAUGCUGAAAUCCACCCCGAGCAAGAACCAGGAGCCUGUGAAACCGAAUAUCCCAGAAGACAAAGCUCCAGAGGUUAAAGCCCACUCACUGGUCAAGCAGUGUGUAACGUCGUAUCUGGAGUCCAAAGAGGGACAGGAAGAGGAUGCCACACUGCCUGCUGACGUUCCUGUGAUGGUAGCCACUCAAAGAAAACGUCUUCUGAAGGAGGAUCUUCAGGUCAGUGCUGAGGAUGAGAUGGACUACAAUCCUCCAGCAGAGGGCAGCGUUCUCUACAAACUCUACAGCCUGCUGGAUGUUCUGCUUAUGGUGCGCAGCAGUGUGGACAUCGCUCACCCCAGACAUGACAAAGACACCUUCAGGGCCGUCCCGGUGCAUGUUUUACCCAAGCUGGAGUAUCAGCUGUGCUACGGAGCCGAGAGUCUGACCCACACAGAGGCCUGUCAGCUGUGGGCCGAGAAGCUUCUGCACUCCAGUACUGUGUCUUUCAUAAGUCGCAUCAAUGCGCACACAUCAGAAGUCGCACAGAUGCAGAAGUUGCCCGACAACUGGAUUCAGAACAUCAGCUGUGACUUGCAGCCAACUAGAUGUUUAAACACCCUCUACCAUAUAUUGAAAAAAGUCUCAGCAUUACAGGAAGGACGAUACCUGUUAGUCCACAAGCCUCGUGAGGGUUUUGUCACCAUCUUUAAAGCUAGCGAUGAGACCAAGGCUGCUCGCGGGGUGUACCACCUGCAGAACGCGCACUGCGGACCCCCAGCUGUGACUCCAGGGAUUCCCUGGGUUCCCCUGGACCCCUCACACAUCCUGCCAUUUCACCAGAAACACAGCAGACCGCCCUGCACCUUCCCCCCACGUCCACCCCCUCAGGCAAAACAUGGACCUAAGCAACGCCAGGGGAAAAACGCAGCCAGACAGCCACAAGCAGCCAAUCAGAAUCAACCAACAAAGAAGAAGCAUAAAAAAGGCACAAAUAAGAAAAAUAAACAGGUAUGGAUGGACAACAUGAGAGUCAAGCUGAUAAAGGACCUGCAAAAAAACCAAACCAGUGAAGGUGGAAAGGAUGAAAAGCCAUGAUUUUGGAAAAUUACAUUUUUUGGGUGUGUAAUUACGGAGUUUAUGUUUAAAAGCACUUACUACCCCUAUUAUGUACAGCGGAAUUAAAAUGUUGUGUAUAACUAAUUUUUGUACAUUUUGAAACAAUCCUUACUAAAUAAGAAGCAGUUUACUUUUAAAAAGUGUCCUGUUUUGUAUCAUUUUUCAGCAGAAAAUAAAAAAAUCAAAGAUAA